GAUGGACCUUGCAACUCCUUUAGUUCAAAAUGACCACUUGGUUUGGCAUUGUCUUAUUAGUGGGAUUGGGCUUUUUGGCCGUAAAUGCCACUGCCCCCUGGUGGCAGACAGCCUCAUUCUAUCAAAUCUAUCCGCGUUCUUUCAAGGACAGCGAUGGCAAUGGCGUUGGCGAUCUGAAUGGUGUUACUGAGAAGUUGGAAUACCUCAAGGAGAUCGGAGUUACUGCGACUUGGCUGUCGCCGUUCCUGCUUUCACCUAUGGCCGACUUUGGAUAUGAUAUUGCCGACUUUAAGGAGGUGGAUCCCCUCUUUGGCACGAUGGAGGAUUUUGAGAAUAUGGUGUCGCGUGCCAAGCAGCUCAAUGUGAAGAUCAUCCUUGAUUUUGUGCCCAACCACUCGAGCGAUGAUUGCGACUGGUUCAUUCGAUCCGCUGCCGGCGAGGAGAAGUACAAGGAUUACUACAUCUGGCAUCCAGGAUUCGUUGAGAACGGCGUGCGCAGACCGCCCAGCAACUGGGUGAGCGUGUUCCGUGGCUCCGCUUGGGAGUGGCACGAGGGUCGCCAGGAGUACUAUCUGCAUCAAUUCCAUAAGAAGCAGCCCGACUUUAACUUCCGCAACCCCGUCGUCCGCGAGGAGAUGAACGAUGUGCUCCGCUUCUGGCUGGAGAAGGGCGUCGAUGGCUUCCGUGUGGAUGCCAUCUAUCACGCCUUCGAGAUUCAGGCUGAUGGCAAUGGCAACUAUCCAGAUGAGCCCCGCAACGACUGGACCAACGAUCCCGAUGAGUACGGCUACACCCACAAGAUCUAUACGGUCGAUCAGCCCGAGACGCCGCAUUUGGUGUACGAAUGGCGUGAGAUUCUGGAUCAGUUCCAGGCGGACAACGGCGGUGAAGAGCGCAUACUCAUGGUGGAGACCUGGUCCCCAAUUGAGGUUGUGAUGCACUAUUAUGGCAACUCGACGGCGGAGGGGGCACAGAUACCCUUCAAUUUCCAGCUGAUAAGCAAUCUGAACAGAGACUCCGAUGCCUAUCACUACGAGUACUUGAUUAACAACUGGCUAUCGCUAAUGCCGAACGGCAAGAGCGCCAACUGGGUGAUUGGUAAUCACGAUAAGAACCGCGUGGGCUCCCGUUUCGGUGCCGAUCGUAUUGACCUGUUCAAUAUUCUGCUGCUGACACUGCCCGGAUGCAGUAUCACCUAUCAGGGCGAGGAGAUUGGAAUGCUGGAUGGCUAUGUCUCGUGGAAGGAUACGGUAGAUCCUCAGGCAUGCAAUGGCUAUGAGGAGAACUAUAUGGCCAUGUCACGUGAUCCGGCUAGAACACCCAUGCAGUGGACCGAUGGCAACAUGGCUGGCUUCACCACCGGCAGCACAACAUGGCUGCCAAUUGGCCAGGACUAUGCCCAGCGCAAUGUGCAGACGGAGCGCGGUGCUGCACUCAGCCAUCUGAAUGUCUUCAAGAAGCUACAGCAGCUGCGCAAGGAGCCAGCCAUCCAGCAGGGUGCCGCCGAUGUCAAGGCAGUCAGCCACUAUGUCCUGGCUAACAAGCGCUAUCUGAGUGGCAAUUACGUUUACAUCUCACUGCUAAAUAUUUUCGACAAUAUUGAGAAUGUGAACUUGCACGAUGUCUUCGACGGAUUGCCAGAUAAUUUCCAGUACGCCUUGGUCACCCGCAAGUCCAUCAAGCAGCUGGGCGACAAGGUCUCCGCUAGCAGUGUCACCCUAAUGCCCUACGAGUCCAUUGUUCUGCGCUCCACAACGACUGUAUGAGCCGAAACAUAGAGUUCUGUAUUAUAAUAAAAAUGCAUUUUAUCUUGA